GGUUUGCAAGCCAUCCGUUGUCCUCCGGGUCUGUACUUCGACAUCGAAGCUCAGACCUGCAACUGGAAAGACCAGGUCAGCAACUGCAAUAAAAAGAACAAGGACAGGAAGGCCAAGCCGUUGUUGGCGACCGACGAGCCCUUGUGUCAGGAGGACUUUUUGGCUUGCGGGGACUCGACUUGCAUUCCGAGAAAGCAAUUCUGUGAUGGUACCGAACAGUGUUCCGACGGUUCGGACGAAGCCUCAUGCGACAUCAACAACGACCCGAACCGAGCCCCGGUGUGCAACCCGGAGAUCUGCACGAUCCCCGAGUGCUUCUGCUCGCUGGACGGCACGGCCGUGCCUGGGAACCUGGACCCGCAGCGGAUCCCGCAAAUGGUCACGGUGACGUUCGACGACGCCAUCAACGUGGCCAACAUCGAGCUCUACAACGAGAUCUUCAACGGACAGCGGGUGAACCCGAACGGAUGCGGGAUCCGGGGCACGUUUUUCGUGUCCCACAAGUACACCAACUACUCUGCCGUGCAAGACAUGCACAGACGGGGUCACGAGAUCGCCUCGCACUCCAUC